GUGGGCAGCGGGCUGCUGGGAGCGGGAGCCGUGCUGGGCGCUGUGCUCGGGGCUGUCCCUGGCUGUACAGCGCUCUGGUUGAGUUGAAUACGUUGUGAGAAAAGCAGUCAGGCCGCAGGUGUGCGCUUUGUUCCUCCCGGCGUCUCAGAGGUUCGGUUAAUCACGCUUGUGUGUUUCACACUAAUUAUUAAGAAUCGUUACGCUUGGAAAAGAUCGCUGAGGUCGUGUUGUCCAACCGUUGACCCAUCCCAACCAUGCCCGCUGGCUGUGUCCCUCAGUGCCACAUCUCCACAUUUCUCGAAUGCUUCCAAAUGUUGAAGAAUUGUCACAGCUCAGCCUGGUUUUUGCGACUGGGGCAAAGGGACCCACAGAUCCACACCCUGGGGAGAGAAGGGGUUUGAGGGAAUAGGCAGGGAGAUGGACCUGGAUGAGGAAAACAGCGGCAUAUGAGCUAAUACAGUAUAAUGUAGUAUAGUUGGAAUUGAAGCUAAUAGGUCAAAUGUGAAAGAGAGAGAGUUUCAGAAGCUGACGUUGUUACUCUGAUGCUGUAGGUGGAGCAGCCAGGGAGCAGAAAGGCAAAAAAACAAUUGUCCAGCAAGUUGCAGGAUACCCAGAGAUGAAGGCCUGCAGGCUACAGCUGAGGUUUCUAACAAAGCUCUCUCUAGACACCAAUGCUUGACUUGAAUUUGGAUGAUGACGUACCAGUUGUAAAAAAAACUCUGAAGGUCAAAAGGCCUCGAUUUGAUGCAUCCUUGGUUUAUUUGACUCGAAAAUUCAUGGAUCUUGUUAAAAGAGCUCCAGAUGGUGUCCUUGAUUUAAACGACGUAGCAACAGCUCUUGGAGUACAAAAACGAAGAGUAUAUGACAUCACCAGUGUGUUGGAUGGGAUCGACUUAAUUCAGAAAAGAUCAAAGAAUCACAUCCAGUGGGUAGGUUCUAAUCUUGACCAAGUUGUUGAAAUGGCAGCACAGCGGCAAAACCUUAAAGAUGAACUUUCUGACUUGUCAGCCAUGGAAGAAGCUCUGGAUGAAUUAAUCAAGGAUUGUGCUCAUCAGUUAUUUGAUCUAACAGAUGACAAAGAAAAUGCAAAACUAGCUUAUGUGACGUACCAAGAUAUCCGUAGCAUUCAGGCAUUUCAAAAACAGAUUGUGAUUGCAAUCAAAGCUCCAGAAGAAACCAGACUGGAAAUACCGAUUCCUAAAGAGGAUUGCAUCAAAGUACAUGUAAAGAGCACAAAAGGACCCAUUGACGUGUAUCUGUGUGAGGUGGAACAAGAUAAGCCAGCAGACAAAAAUUCUGAAGAUAAGGAAGCUGUCACUUCUGAAACUGAGCCAUCAGUUCCUCCUGAUGAAGAGUGAGAGGAACUACAACUGAAUCUAACACCAAAUGUAAAUAUCUGUGUUGUAGAGCUCUUCCAAAGCUGUUUGGAACUGUAAACUUGCCAACCUGAAAUGCUCCAGAGUAUUUUGUAUUUAAAACAGCAACGGAUUGAGUGCUUGCACAGGAACGUUUAAUAUUCCCAAGUCAGAAGACAGUGGCUCCUAGAUUUGAUAUUAGGAGCUUUGAUUUUAUAAUUGCAUGUGAUCUACAGAGCUUUGGGAAAAUGGUGGUUUUAGUUUAUGAAAUAAUUUUAAUUGAUGGAAAACGCAUUCAGUAAAUGGAUUUGAAAAAUGAAGGUUUGAGAACUGUUUCUGGAACUAUUUGUAAACCUUCUGAAAAUGUAUAUAAUAAAGAAAAUGCACUUUUCAGUUCUGAGGCUGCACUACUAUGGAGAAGGAUUAUUAAAUACAGAUGAAGAAAGAACUGAUGUAUCAGAAGCCUUUGUUAUGAGGAACAAGAUGUAAAUAGUAUGAGAAUUAUGCCUUCCACUGUGUAGAUACUGUUUGCAUUAUUUGCAUCCAGUUCUGCAUUAAAUAUGGUAUCAACACUGAAGUUAAAUAAUGGCUUUUUGUAUAUCUGUACCAUGUCCGAGUAGUUACUGAUGUAGGUUUAUUGAGAUGGUUUACAUUUCUGCCUCUGUACAGCAAAGAAAUAAACUUUAUAAAAGCA